GUUUGUGAGAGGGUUUAGGGUAAAUUCCUCUAGAAGAGGCAGAAGAAGAAGAAGCGCUUCUUGUUGGCAACUAUGGAAGCGGAGAGCUCCAUGACGAGGCGGAAGGAUUCCAACUCCAAGCUUCCGUCUUCAUCCUCCAAACGCCUACUCUUCGACAACCGCUACGGCUGGAUUAUUGAUGAAUGGAAAGAGCCACGUGAAGAAGCCCUGACUGGAGGCAGAGGAAUGUUCUGCAUUGUGCCUGUAGCAAGUGCUUUGUUACACACGGCUUCUCAAUCGAUCAACCUCAUAGGAAGCUCCACAGUUAAAGUCCUCCAAAGACCAGACUUGCUCUCACCUCAAAUGCUGCAAGCUAAUUUGAAUGACCAACUGAAGAAAUUUAUUUCUUCCAUACAAAAAGCAGACUUGCAUUUGCUUGCCCUAAAAUCAUGUCAGCCAACCUCUUUCCCAUCUGAUAUAGGUACAGAAAGCAAUGGAUUGAAAACUAGCUAGAAGUACCUCAGUCUUGUUUGUUAAUUUCACAUGAAUAUUUGCACUUUUCUGAAGUGCAUACUAGGUAGAGUUUCUUAUUCAUGCAAACUAGUAGCAUAAAUUCAGCUGUAACCUAGUCAUGGUUGAUGAUUAUUAGAAUCCGGGAAUUAAAUUUUGAGAUUUUAUACAUUUUCUUGGGUGAUUUUUUUUGUCUAUU